UCCUCCUCCUCCUCUUUGGCAUUUUGUGCAGCGGAGGAGGAAAGGAGGAGAGACUGCUGAGGAGGAGACAGAGGGGACCCUGAGACAACACGUCCCACGCCAGAGCCAGACAGCCACGGAACUUUGAUUUGACGACAAGUACCCGAAGCCCCUACGACGCACAAAAAAAAAAAAAAAAAAAAAAAAAAAAAAAAAAAUGACGAUGAGGGAAAAGAGCCACGUUUCUUGUCGGGAGGCUUAGAUAUGCGAGCAACAUAUGAUAUGAUGUCCUUGGACUGAUUUGCUCAAUGAAGAUUUCUUUCAGUGUGAAUUGUCUUCUCCUUUUGCUGAUGGUGCCGCUUCGUUGUGCCUGCACUUAGGUCAGCCGAAUGAAUCUGAGGGGAGUCUGAGCGCAUUGUUUCCAGCUCCGUUGCAUAUGGGAUUUCCAGCCGUGAUGUCUGCAAUAUUUCGCUCUUUGUUUCUGGUUCUCUUCUGCCUGCUGUCAGUGGGGGCCCAGACGGAGAUGAAGAAGGUCGUUGGGGACAAUGCCACCUUGCCAUGUCACCAUCAGUUCCCAUCAUCCAACUCUCUUGACAUCGAAUGGCUACUACAGAAACCAAACUCCAAACAGAAAGUGAUCAUUACCUUCUUCGGGGGGCAGGUGUACACCAAUGAGGCAACAGGCAGUGAGGCCAGUCGUCUGUCUUUUGCUGGGGAGUACCUGGGUGGAGAUGCCUCCCUGCUGAUCAGUGACCUGCUGCUCACCGACUCUGGGGAAUACUACUGUAAAGUCAAGACUGGGGGAAAGUACCACUGGAGCCAGGUCAACCUCAUUGUGCUGGUCAAACCCUCCAAGCCAAGAUGCUGGAUGGACGGAAAACUCCUGGAAGGCAGUGAUGUCAAACUGAGCUGUAAGUCCAGCGAUGGUUCAGACCCCAUCAACUACAAGUGGGAACGAGUACUGGACAAAGGGAAGAGUCUGGGAAAACUGCCAAACCUAGCAUUGAUAGAUCUGAAGAACCCAGAGAUUGUGACACUGAGGAACCUCACCAUGGACAGCACAGGUGUCUACAGGUGCACAGCCAGCAAUGACGUGGGAGAGGAGAACUGUACGAUUGAGGUCACAAUGCAGCAUGUGAGGGAUGUAGGUAUGGUGGCAGGUGCAGUGGUGGGAAUAUCCCUCGGUGUCCUCAUUGUUAUAUUAAUCAUCUGGCUUGUCUUCCGGAAAAAAGAGAAAAAGAAGUAUGAAGAGGAAGAGACUCCAAAUGAGAUCAGGGAGGACGCAGAGGCCCCCAAGGCUAAGCUGGUGAAGCCCAAUUCCCUCUCCUCAUCCCGCUCUGGCAGCUCACGCUCUGGUGCCUCGUCCACCCAGUCCAUGGUGCACAACAGCGCCCAGCGUGGUCACCGCCCCCGUCCACCUGCUGUGGCAGCUCUCAAGGAAAAUGGACAGCCUCCAGGCUUCCCACAGUCCCCUCCAGCCUAUACUACAGUGGUUCCCCCCAAGACCCCCGAGCCCCCUACCACUCCCAAAUUCAACUCCAGGAACAUGUCUGGUCCCACACCGCCAACCCUCAUGGUCCCCGCCCAGACCAAGGCCUUUCAGACUGUGUAGGACUGAAAGCCAACCCGGUCCUGCAGCCAAGAGACUCCCAUCCCUACUCAGUCCCCUUAACCCCCCCACCCCCUCUCCCCCAAAGACUAAGACUCUUCCAUAAACAAAGAAAUGCAACUAGUUAAAAGGAUGUAAUUAAAAUAAUUAUUACUAUAAGUCCAAAAGUACUUUUAAUGAAUGCAUACUUAAAAGGGAAAAUAAGACAUGCUUGCCCCCUACUGAAUUACAUAAAACAACAAAAGGAAAAACAAGAUCUGAGAUGCUACACAGUUUGUGUGUCUUGGCUGAAGGCAGAACUUGUUUUCUGAGUUCCUUGUUUUGGCUUUAGAAGGCACAGGGAAGUACCAUGUGCAGUGAGGUGGAAGGAGCCUCCUAGUAGUGCUUUAUUUAUUUAUUAAAUCAAAUGUUUAAGCAUGCAACGGAGGAAAAAAGGAGACAAGGGAAAUAUUAACAGCUGGAUAAUGAAGUAGACCCAAACUCUAUAGCAGAUACCAGUGGAGUUAUGUUGCUGUUGAGCUUUGGUUGUCAUCACACACAUGAUGAGGCAGAAACAAGAACAGAGGAAGUCCAAAGUGCUAAGACAGCUACUGAUUUUUUUUUUUUUUUCUUUGGGAGUUGAGUGGGGUGAUUCUCUGAUUCAUGUCUCCCCACGCCUCCGACUCACUGCUUCCAGCACCUGCUCUGAAACCACAAAGCCCCUCACCUCUGAUUGGUAGGGCCAAUUGUGGUCAUCCAUGUGAACAGACACUGUGCGCGGUGUGUGCAUCAUCUGCCUCAGUGCUCUCUGUCUUUCAUGCUCCCAAAAAGAACCGCGAGAAACCACAGAGGCACUGAGACUGUCUGAAGUCACCAACAGCUCAUCUGCUUUACCAAUCAGCAGGAGAAAGUUCAGGGUCAAGUAUGUAGCACUGACAAUAGAGUCAAUCAAUGGAGUUGUUUCCCCUCCCUCCCACACCUUAUCUACAUCUAUGGACAUCCUUUUCUGGUACUGAAUAACUUCCCUGAGUAACUACAUAGUAUAUAUUAGGUCUAUAGACGGUCAAUAAUUUAAACGUAGGGGAUAAGCAUCUAUUAGACCAGCUGAACUUGUUUUCCUUUUAUUUUUGUCUGUUCUCCUUUGUAUCUUCUCUCGUAACAGGUUGAAAAGGGUGACAGACAGCUAUGUGUGCAUUCGUUCAUAUUAAGAAGUGCCACCAAUCCUAGGAUGGGUUUUAAUUGUUGCUUUUUUUACUCUUUUGUUUACCUGCUAUGUUUCUGAAAUGCUACAUUGAUACCAAAAUCUGUCACCAUGAAUGUGUGAUGCAUAAAGAUGGUGGAUCCCAAUAUUUCUAGCUUCCAGUAAAGUACCGAAUCAAUAUUCAAGCUAAGGCACAAAGUUCAGUUUGACAAACACUAUGCCUGAAUGAAGGGAGCAAAUAGACUUUGAAAAUGUAUAGGGUGUGUAUGGUAUCACUGUCAGUACUCUGCCCGGAUUCUCAACAAUGGAGUGGCACUCGAUUGCUGUCUCGCUGGAUCACCCGGUCCUUGUCGGUGAUUGGUCAACCCACGCUAUCAGCCAAACCUGCUUUUGUUGUAUCCUCAGACAGACCCUGUGUAGUUUGAUUGAAAGUAGCUGAAAAAAAAGGGCAAGUAGCCUAUCUAGUGUGCCUUUGCAGUCCCUCUUCCUUCAUUGAUGAUUUCUUUCUUUGUCCUUAUCUUCAGCAAACCAGUGGUUAAGUCUCUGUUCACAUCCAGCUUUAAGGGUCAAUAGCAGCAAAUACUGAGAGAUACAAACCUGCCUAGUAAUAACAGAUGCAGCCUAGAGAGCACCAAUUAUCCACAGGGAGAAAGCAAUCCUGUGCCACGGCCCAAUGUACUGUACAUUCUGUAAUCAGUCUUGUUUUAUAUUGUAAAUACAAAUAGAUAUACGCACAUGAUGUCAUUUAAUUUAAUAAAUAAGGGUAUGUAAGGGGAGGUGUACCCCUUACAAAGAAGUCAAGUGAGAAAUCCAAAAGUGAAUUUAAACUGUGUGUUACUGAACAUGGUACACUCCAGGUAAAACAAGUGAAAUCUGUCAUUUUCCAUCAAACUUGGACACAUACUAUCAUGUGGAAACGAAGGUGAAAGUGUAAAAAAUAUUGUGAUCAUAACAGAGAAACAUAUCUUCAUAAUCACUUACCAGAUCCUCAUGAGAUGAUGUAUGGAUUUUGUUGAUCCCUGGACAAUUUCUUUAGUUUCUUUUGACCCUAUGGCUUUUUGCAAGAACCAACAUCAGGUUAAAAUAAUCCUUUGACCAGUGUUUUGAUCACUGACAAUAAUUUUGAAAUGCAUUUGUCAGAUUUCAAUGAAAAGUGAAUUUGGAUAGUCAGUAUGAAUAGUUUGGAUAUUUCAUCUGGCACAUCGUCCAGCUUAAAUAUUUACCUUUGCUUUUUUUAAUUUUUUUUAUUUUUUUUAAAUUUCAAAAAUUUCCUUUUAUUAUUUAAUUUAAUUUACUGACACCAUGGCUAUUUUCUCUCAGGAAAAAACUUUAUAAUUUAAUCUCCAUUACUUAGGCGGCCUAGUCAAGCUUUAGUCUUGUUUCACUUGUAUCUAAAUUUUCACACUGAAGUAAAACCUGUCACAUAAGAUUAAGUAACUUGAAAUACUAACCAAAGCACAUAUGCUUUGACUUCACAUUAGGGAUUUUACAUGUGACUUUACUAGAAGGGAAGAUGAAAGAUGAAAAAUGCCUUUUAUACUAGAGACAGCAAUUCAUAUUUGACCAGGGAAGCUACUGUGCGUAUGCGUGUGUGUAUGUGUGUUGCGUGUGUGUGUGCGUGCUGAAGUGCAUGCAUGCAUGCUUGCAAAUGUGUGUGUGUAUCUGUGGGUGUGUGCAUGUAAAUUCAGUAUAAGCCCUUGGGCCACACCCACACAUUCUUACAUUCAAUGAGUGAGAAGUAUCCAGUCAGGCAAAAUAACCUUUAUCCAAACUGAUAUGACUGCAGACUGGCAGUGUUUAUUUGGGUUUUCACUGACUUAAAUGUCUAUUGAACUUACAUUCAUGGGCAACAGUUGGGUUUUUGCUUAUUUUAGCCGGCAUCUUAGGACACAGCAUGACCAUAACUCAUUACUAUUGUCAGCUCCGGAGGGCACUUGUACUCUCUGCUCUUGCUGUCUCUUAACAUAGAAUGCACUUGGCCCUGGUGUACUGAUGGCAUCUCAAGGCACACACACAUAUACAGACACACACAACAGUACAAACACCUUAAAGUUGUAUAUGUACACACACGCAUAAGAAGGUACAUUUAGAUGUGUCUCGUGCACACUGUUUGUGCACACAGACUCACAAAUACACAUCAUUUGCACAAACAAAAGCCUGAACAGCAAUCCUUGUUAUUUCAGCUCCUUCAGAAUCAAUUUGAUGGAUCGAAUGUCUGGAGGUAUUACGACUGACUGAUGGAGCCAGGAUACUAAAUGCAGCACAGAGAGGGACACUGUACACUGCAUCACCCAGGGGACAUCUGCACACACGCACACGCAUAAAAAACUGCUGUUGUAUCAAAACACCCAAGCACGUGCAUGCAAACACACAUGCACUCAGAAAGAUGGCAAUGCAUCUCAGAAAUCUGGAGAGCAUAUGCUUCAAGACUGUUUUCAAUGGAAUCUGUCAGAGGAGUGCCGGGAAUCAGGAGAGGUAUAACAGGAUUGAUAUUGAGCCAGGGCUGUAGGCUCUUGCCAUUGAAAUUUCACAACAGAUGAAAGUAGCAGUGGAGGUGGAGGAUGGGAUGCAAGUCUUCCAGCUGUUAAAUUCCUCCAAGCUUUUUGAUUUGCUUUCCAGCAACUGCAAGUCUCAGGUGGCAGAUUCCCCAGUUUAUGAGCCCUCGCACUGCAUUUCUCCAGUCAUGUGUGCAGCUUUGUGGCCUGACAAACUUACACUCUUUUCAAUAUAUGAAUCUUGGAGUUGUUGUCAGUUCAGUAGAGAGUGGGAGAAAGAAAGUCUUAACAAACCUCUGAGUGUCAGCAGCACAUCCAAUAUUGUCUUUUAAAACCGUAUCCAUCCACACUAUAUAUUAUCAACACUCACAGAUGCAGUAAUCAUUAAACGAUUUAUGGUUAUCCUGCGUUAUAUGAUAAAAAAAAAUAUCAAUUACAUGUAGCCACAAUGUUUUAUGUUCUAUAGGGGAUUUUUAUGUUUGAUUAAAGCUGUUUAACGGGGCAAAGUGAUGCUCAGAUUUUGUGGUUUGACCUUGUGUCUCAGUUUAAGGGAAUGUGAUGAAUGGAGGAGACAAAAGUAAACCUCACAAAGGAAAGCAAAGGUACCUACCUGCAUGUCAUUGAUUGAGAUUGAGCAGAUGAACGGGAAUGCUUUGCUUUGAUGUAACAUAACUGUAUUCGGUUAAAGAAGAAAAAAAAGACAAAACAAAACAAAAAAAAAAAUCUACAAUUGUAAAUAUAUUCACAGAAAAUUUUAUGAAGCUUUAUUUUUGUCUUCAAUACUUUGAAUUCUUCAUCCAUGUACUUUGCACUUUUUUGUGUGCUCUGCUCAUCACAGGCCUAUGCGGCAUCUGUGUGGCUGGCUGUUUCUCUUGACCACAUUGUUGGGAUGUCAGGGGUAGACAUGCUGAGCGUGGCUUUACGAAAGGGAAAUGUAAAACACUUGGUUUUCUUUCUUCUCAUCUGUUUUUCUGCCGUGGCUUCUCUUUGGUUUUUGUAAAACAGUACUGAUUUUAAGUUUGUUUGUUUGAUGAAAACAAUCCAUGUAAAUAUCACAAGUAAAAAAAAUGUAUAUUUUUACGACUUCUGAGUUAUUACUCUUUCAUUUGCAAAUAAAAUAUUCAAUGACAACGUAA